AGAGGGUAGGAUAGCGCUUUUCCAAGGCGGCGGAAGGGCUCGGGCACCACUGAUGCUCCAGUGCACAAAACAAAGGCGCUGAACUUUUACCUCCAAGGUUUUGUAACAAAGCAGAGCUAUAGAUGGAAUGCUGGAUGCAACGGGAAAGCUUAAGGUUACCAGAACAGUGGGGAUUGAGGCUUCGCUGUGUGCCUUUAAAAAUAAGCAGAAUCUGUGAGGAAUUACAGAAAUGCAGCUUUUUACAAACCACUUGUGUGAAUGUCUGCUCUAAAAAAAAAAAAAAAAAAAAAAAAAAAAAAAAAACAAAAAGGGCAAAUUUUGCUAAAGACAAAUCUUUACAUGGAGGUAAACCCAGUCCUGACAUGAAGAGUGUGAAAAAUGAUUGGCUUCUGGCAAAUAUUAAAAUGAAUAUGUGUUAUGUUAGAAAGUUAUGCUGUAUUAAUUUUCUUAAGUAGUGUGUUAAAUUUAGUUUUAAGUCAUAACAUCAGGUUAAAAUAGAAUCUAUGCUAUGUAGGAUGCUUUUUUUCUAAAGAAAGGAGUCCCACCGAGAUAGCAGGUCCAGGACACCUAAUCUUUCAGAGAAAGAGAAUUUAUUGCCCCAUUAUCAGAAGAAACUAACUUCUUCCUGCCUCUCUCAGCCAUGAAGAUGCCAUUAGGAAUAUGAGGAAGAAGUUGAGGAGGACCAGACAGAAUCCUUUGUUUGAAUGGAAUUUAUGCAUCAUGUUUUGGAUGUAGGAAAUAUGAAUGACUGGCAGAGAAAAAGCCCUCUAGACUGGGAAACGUAUGUGAAUAAAUUGGUGAAAGUUGUUGCAGUUGAGAAACAUGAAUAUGAAGGAUGGGUUUUAACAGUUGACCCAGUUUCUGCCACCAUUGUCCUGGCAACAUUCCCAGAGAACGAGAAAGGAUCCAUAUCAUUCGUCAUGGGCCACGCUGUCCAAGAGGUGGAGAUCCUGCAGGAGGGGGACAGUGACAUGAAGCAGCGCCUCGCUCGCAUCCUUGCGCCUGAGGAAAGCCAAACCUACAGCGCGGAGGAGCUGGAGAAGAGGAAGAAUGCCUUGAAGACUUGGCUGGAGACAAACCACAUCCCCGUGGGCGAGCAGGGGGAGCUGGGCAGGACGCUGAGCGUGGCGGGGGUGCUGAGCAUCGAGCCCCCGUACGGCCCUGAGCAGUGCAGCAGCACCAACGAGAUCAUCCUGGCUCGCGUGCAGGGCCUGCUGCAGGGCUACCUGCAACAGCAGCGCUGAGCGAGGGCUCCUGCCGAGCCCUUGGGACUCUAGAAGCUCUCCUGGUUUAGGAACCGUCCUGUUCUAGGAACACUCCUGGGUGUCAGUAGUCACUAUUUGCAGAAAUGCUGCGUUUUGGGUACUUUUGUCUUGAUUUUUUUGUAUGUAAAGGAAGGAAUAAAGAAGAAUAAACUCAAAGCACAAGCA